AUGUCACAAUUGCAACCUUCUGUAUCUUCAGUGACCACAGAACAGCCGUCACCUACGGCUGAUCCCAUUCCGCGCUCUAUAUUCAGCGACGCACGACGGAAAGUGACUACGAAGCACGGCUGGCUUGGCGACUAUGACUACCGAUGGCUCUGCCUGCCGUCUCUUCCCAUAGGUAGACGCAAACAACCCCCAUUUUAUGGCAUCGACGACGAGCUCCCACUUGUUCUGGCUAUGGCGAGCGGGUUGCAGCACGCACUCGCAAUGCUUGCCGGUCUCAUUACACCGCCCAUAAUCUUAGCCAGUUCCUUGGUGCUGGACCCUGGCACGUCAUCCUACAUGAUAUCAGCUUCACUAAUUGGAUGUGGCAUUCUAAGUCUAGUUCAAAUGUCCCGGAUAAAGCUAUGGAACAAGUAUUAUCUCGGCACUGGAUUGUUGUCCGUUGUAGGGACGAGUUUUGCUACACUCAGUACAGCAAAUGCUAUCUUCAAUGCGAUGUAUAGCAACGGCACAUGCCCUUCGACAACUAGUGCUGAUGGCACUGUUACGCGAGGUCCAUGCCCAGAUGCUUAUGGGAUGCUCCUUGGCACUGCCCUUAUCUGCUCACUCCUGGAAAUCGGGCUGUCAUUUCUCUCUCCGCGAAUUUUGCAACGGGUUUUUCCUCCCAUGGUCACUGGCACUGUUAUCCUCAUGAUUGGUGCAUCCCUCGUCGGGGCUUCUGGCAUUCCUAACUGGGGUGGUGGCUCGAAUGGGUGUCAAGCGCGCCCAACUACCGGGAUCUAUCAGCUAUGCCCGACAGUCGGGUCUCCCCACGCUUUACCAUGGGGCUCUCCUCAGUUCAUAGGUCUCGGGUUCCUCUCGUUCGUGAGCAUAAUCCUCACGGAGCUCUUUGGCUCUCCAUUCCUCAAAAAUGCGAGUAUCAUCGUUGGGCUUGUGGUGGGCUGUAUUGUCGCUGGCGCAGCAGGGUACAUCGACGGAAGUACCAUCACAAGUGCACCUGCAAUUACGUUUUUAUGGGUAUAUCGAUUCAAGAUCAAAGUAUACCCACCAGCCAUUUUGCCCAUGCUGGCAGUAUACGUUUCGCUGACCAUGGAAGCCAUCGGUGACAUAACUGCAUCUGCGGAAGCGUCUCGCAUCCGCGUCGAGGGACGUGAUUUUGAUUCAAGAAUACAAGGCGGCGUUCUGAGCGACGGGAUAGGUGGAUUGGUCUCUGCCUUAUUUACUGUCGCUCCUCUAUCGGUAUUUGCUCAGAACAACGGUGUCAUUUCUGUCACUCGCUGUGCAAACCGCACAGCAGGCAGAUGGUGCUGUGCUUUCCUCAUUCUCUUCGGUGUGGUCGGAAAGAUUUCUGGCAUCUUCCUCGCAAUACCCAAUCCUGUCUUAGGUGGUGUCACGACCUUCCUCUUCGCAAGUGUCGCUGUCUCAGGUCUCCGUGUUCUUUCCUUCGUCAAAUACACGCGGCGUGCCAGAUUCAUCCUCGCUGGGGCGUUGUCGUUCGGCGUUGGGGACCUCCUCGUUCCCGAUGUUUUUACCCACCUGUUUGAUGGUGUGAGCAACCCAAACAAUGGCCUCCAAGGAUUAUUUGAAAGCAUUACUAUCGUGUUGAGCACACCCUUUUUGAUAUCUGGCCUUGUUGCCUUGGUGCUGAACUUGCUGCUCCCUGAGGAUGGGUUACAAGAGAAUGAAGGUGAGGAGGGCGCGGAGGUCGUGCAGGAUUUGGAGAUUCAGACAUUAGACCACGAACGAAAGUUGUAA